AUGUUGAAGCUAAUGUGGUCACCAUGGUGGGAUGUUGAUGAAGCAAAAUUUGUGACCCCUUUAGCCCUACUGUUUACUCUCUUCUGGUACCUGUUGACUUGGAAAAAGUCAAGGAAACCAACAACUCCAUUGCCGCCAGGCCCUCGUGGCCUGCCCCUGCUAGGGUACCUUCCCUCUUUAGGUACCGACCUUCACUACGACUUCACAAACUUGGCAAAAAUCUACGGCCCUAUUUACAAACUCAAGCUAGGUAGCAAACUAUGCUUUGUGAUCUCAUCACCAACUCUUGUGAAACAAGUGCUUCGUGACCACGAAAUUAUAUUUUCCAAUCGCGACGCCACCGUUGCUGCACAGAUUGCCUCAUACGGUGGGACCGACAUCGCGUUUGCACCAUAUGGACCGGAUUGGAGGAAGUUGCGCAAGGUAGUCAUGAACCACACGCUCAGUAAUGCCAACGUUGAUGCUUGCUAUGCUUUGAGGAAAGAAGAGGUGGACAGGUCUAUCAGCCAUAUUUAUGGAAAAGUUGGCACCCCAAUUGAUUUUGGGGAGGUAGCAUUUUUUACCAGCAUCAACACACUCAAGCGCUUGGUAUGGAGCGGAACGCUGCAGGAAGAGAAGGGAGCAACUGGUGUUGGGGUUGAGUUGAGGAAGGUGGUGACAGAAAUCAUAGGGUUGCUUGUUAAACCAAACGUUUCAGACUUUUUCCUAUGCUUGCCAGGUUUGAUAUACAAGGGAUUAGGAGGCGACAAACAGAAGGCUAUUUCUGUCACUGAAAAGAUCAUCAGUUCUGCCAUUGAAAUCCAGAUGAGUAUGCCUCCAUCCAAAAAUGAGGGGCUACAGAAAAAACAUGGAAGGAAGAAUAAGGACAGUGCAAACACUCACAAUGCAAGAAAUCAAGGCCUACCUUUUAUUUGA